UGAGGCAAUCUUUGGGCGGCGAGAUGACACGAGACGAGGCAACGCGGGGAGAAGAAGAAGACGCGCCAGAAGUCAUAACGUUAGAAUAGGCUCCGCGAAUUUGUUUUGGUUUUAUAAGACCAGAAGUACACGUGUAACUCCCUUUCGCUGGGCUGGCGGUCGACAUGGAGGACAAAGUAGCCGAUCGCAGCAAAGCAUUCACCGAUAAUUCCGAUGCAGCUUCAACGAACGAAACUCAGUUUGGGACGUCGCGGCUGCGUACCAAGUCUUCGAGAAAGAAACGCCGUCGGCGCUCCCUGAUGUACGCUGCGUCCAAGAAGUUGCCGCCCCGUCUUCCCCCUCCACCGACGCCCGAGGUGCCAACGUCCGCACCUGUUGCCACCGAGCCUUGCGCGCGCACCGACGAGACCGGCGCUGCAACCAGAGAGAAUCCAACGCAUGUACAAUGAUCCCAAGAUGCGAUCCUGUUUCCAGUACUCAUCUGCACUGCUCAUCACACUGCUCGCCGGCUUUGCCUUAGCCCAACGUGGUUAUCGUGGUCGACGUUGCGGGCCCGGUGAGCAGUUCUCCCAGUGCAGCACCGCCUGCCCCGCAGUGUGUGGCCAGCCUCCGCCGGAGGCCUGCCCUUACAAGUGCGUCAUCGGGUGCGUCUGCCGACGUGGAUUGAUUCGCGCAUUCAAUGGAUGGUGUGUGCCCGAGCCCCUGUGCGUCCGAAGAGGAUAAAGGCCUGUUAAAAAGAUAACGUCGUAGCCUCGUACCGCACUGCGCGGUAUUCCUCAUGAAAAGGGACGCCUACAAGCCUACCAGGUUCAAGCCAAGAGCUAGAAUCGUCCAGCACUGUGUCUAAUGAAGUAAAGACAAGUAAACUGGGUUCAACCUGGUGUUCUCCUUGAGUGAAUAAAGCAAUUGGAACUGGUA